CCGUGGGACCCCCUGAGAUUCUGUGGGAAGGGGGGGGCGGUGCACAUUCUGGGAACAGCUGGGGCUCCCCCGGGCAUCUCCCAGGUCUGCCUGCCAGGGUGAGUGACCGUCCUGCGCGAGUGCAGGCAGCGGGCCCAACUUCCUAAAGUGGCUCCCAAGUAUGUUGCUAGGGGCUCACGGGGAGGCCCCUCGGGUGUGUGUCGGAAAGAAAUGUUACCGGUAAGAGCUUUUCUCAUAUUUGCUCAUGGCAUUAUUUUUAUAAUCAAUAAUGUAUAAUCAGUUUUGUUCUAAAGCACCUGUAAGUCCUCAUCUCUGGAUUGAAAAAUGCAUAACCUGGGAGACUUAGCGUAUUUGCACUGUUUAUGCUGUGUGAGGAUAACGGACUUCCUCAUACUUUGGACCCCCUGUGUGUGUGUCCAACCGGAAACCAGCAGAUUCUCUUCGGAGGGGUGUGUCAGCCAUGGCUGCAGACAUCUGGCCAGAGGUCAUGGGUUGUCCAGAGGCUGUGGGCCAAGGAGAGGAGAUGCUACGUGUUACAUAUGGUGACGAGGGGAGUAGCUGGCAGCCGUUCCCACACGCUCAUGUUGGAGAAGAUUCCAGACAGGCUGCUUGGUGCCUCUUGGUUCCUGGUGACACCGAUGAGGAGACUGUUGUGGGGAUCAGUCGCUGACCCACGGCUCAGCCCCCUCAAGGCAGCCAAGGUUGGGGAACACAUGCCUCGAUGUCAGCACCUGAGGCACGGGCAGCUGUGCCUAGAGAGUCAGGCCCUGCUGGGUCCGCCUCUGAUGUUCUGGGAGCCACAAGGACACUGCCAUCCCAGAGCAGGGGAGGGACCACCCCCGUGGCCUGGAUCCUACUCCCAGACUGAAUCUGGAAAUGCUGCUUCUGCUUCUCACUUGAGGUGGGCCAGGCCUGAGGAGCAGAGCAGGGAGGUUCACAGGGUCUUUGGGGUUUCCUUCUGUCUCAUGGAGGAGGCGGGAGGGAUCCGGCCUGGUACACUUAUCACAUCGAAGAGAUACUCCUGGAGUUUUAGGAGCUUGAAAGCCAGCCUAUUCCUGUACAGACCUAGAAACCGAGGCCCAGGGAGCAACGGUGACUUGGCUGUAGUCACAGGGGCUGCUGGCAGCCUUCUGUGCUCUGAGUUGGAUGUGGCUUCUCCUGGACACAUUUCUGAACUCGGUGUCGGGUGCGGCCUUCUGCAGAGCCCUUGGAAUGUUCCAGAGCACCUGGACAUUCCAGUGUGGAUAUCUCCUCCUUUGCGUGGGGGUUGUUUGCUUUGAGGUGGUUAAACGACUUUUCUCCCUGGGACAAUGUACCUCAGCUUGUCUCCAGCUGGGAUUUCUUGAGCUCCAGCUCAAGGCAAGUCGGGUUCUGCACACUGCCCUUGUUCUGAGGUGGUGCUUGCAGGGUUGAGAGCCUGUUUGGGCGAGUGGCCGUGACCUCCCCCAGCGAAAGACCCCCUCGGCCCAGGAGGGAUGAGCAGUAGGAGAAGCCUGGGAAGCCCCUCCCCAGGACCAGCUGGGGCAGGACCCCCCCCCCCCCCCCCGCCAGGACAUCAGGGUGUGGGGGCUGGUGGCUGUGGCGAGUUAGGUCCAACUCACCUGGUUCUGCUGGCAGCUGGGUUCCUGGGAGAGGCAGCACCUGCUGACCGCUGAGGAAGGCCCCAGUGGAGGGUGCAGACAGGCCCCUGGCCUCUUCUGGCUCCCCUACCCCAGCGGGCCCAGCAGUGCUCGCUGGACACCCCUCCCCCCCCCCCCCCCCCCCCCCCGACAGUACAGACCUUCUUGGGCCAAUGGCUCGAUCCAAGACCCGCUGGAUGGGAAGAGAGCCCGCAGCUGCCGGGCUCCAGGGUCAGGUUAAUUGAAGAAGCAAUUGGAUAGGAGGUGGGGAGAGGGAGGGGGUAGGGCUGGGGUUGUGGGGCCUCCCUCCCACUCCCUCCCUCCUCUGCUCAGAGGAGCCAACUUCAAAAGCCUUGUCUGCCUGCCGCCAGCCUUCCCUGCUGUGUCCUGUCCUAGGAAGCCCUGUUGGCCAGGCUUGGAGCAGGACUUGGAGUGGCAGCCACACUCCCUACCUGAGGACCCAGGAUCAUGUGCAAGGCCCACUGGCAGGAGUGAGGGAGGGCCUCACCCUCAGAGGCCCAUGGUGCCUCCCAAGCCUGCACUCUGGGCGCUCCUGCUGGCUCUGCUGGGGCUCGCACCGGGUCAGGCAGGGCUCCGCACCUGCAGCAUCCCUGACGUGCUCCGCCACUACCGCGUGGUCAUCUUUGAGGACCUGCAGGCUGCUGUGAGGCAGGUCGGGCCAGGCUCCCGACACCUCCAUUUCAUCCAGAAAAACCUGACUGGAGCUGCAGUCCUCGGAUGGCGGGAUCGGAAUCGGGUGGGAGCUUCCUGCGGUGCCCAGAAGGAGCACGAUAUCCUGCUGUCCAUUGCGUCCCUGGGUCGGACCCUGCGCAGGGUGGUGGCCCGGGGCCACCGCCGCGGGGCACUGGAGAAAGCCGCGUGGACUGUAGCCCUGCGCACCGAAGCAGUGAUGCGGCGCCACUGCUGGAUGAUGCGCCAGCGGAGGAGGAGCCGGUGGCCCAAGAGGCACCCUCCUCGGAGUCGCCGCAGCCGCAGCCGCAGGCGGCUCCUCCUGCGUGUCCUGGACGCCGUCGCCACCUGCUGGGAGAAGCUCUUCGCGCUGCGUGCAGCAGCCUCCGAGGACUCCUAGCGCGUCCUGCGCAGGCCAGAGAAGAGCCAUCGGGGCCGAGGGGCCUGGGAACGAGCUUCAUUCGGUGCCUCCUCUCCCUCUUGUUGGCUUACUGCUGGGCCCAGGCCCCUCCUUGUCAUGGCCCUGGACAUGCUCCAGGCACCUAGCCAGGACUCAAUAAACUGCUGGUGCUGCGGUC